AUGGCCGUCUUAGAAGGGAGACGCGAUGAUAAUGAGCUUCCCCCGCCCACAGAAUGGGAAGAGGAAAAUCUCAGACGUGUCUGCGAUAAGAUCCCCCCGACAAUAUUCUUAGUUGCCGUGGCAGAGCUAGCCGAGCGUUUCACCUACCGAUGCAUCACGGCUCCUAUGCAGAACUAUAUAGAAAACGUUCACAAUGACCCAUUACGACCAGGAGCUUUGGGUAUGGGACAAGGAGUUGCAACUGGUAUCAACUACUUCUUCACCGGCUGGUGCUAUAUGGCGCCUAUUCUGGGCGCUGUCAUAGCAGACAGCUUGCUUGGCCGGUUUUGGACAAUUUUCGCGAGUUGUGGUGUCUUGAUUCUUUGCGUCACUUCUUUCCCUGCAAGUCUUGAGCACGGUGCUGGUCUACCGGGCCUCAUAGUUGCAUUGGUCUUGAUUGGUUUGGGCUUUGGAGGGAUCAAGAGCAAUGUUGCUCCUCUAAUCGCUGAGCAGUACACGAGGAAACCUCUCCGGAUCAAGACACUGGCAAGCGGAGAAAAGGUCAUUGUAGAUCCUAACGUCACAAUUCAGACUAUUUAUGGUCGUUACUACUGGGUUAUCAAUAUUGGCUCACUCUCCGUGAUACCGGCGUCUUGGCUAGAGUUGAAAGUUUCAUUCUGGGCUGCAUUCCUCCUACCGCUCUGCUUCUGGGUCUUACCAGUCGGCGCAUUGGCCAUGGGCCGAGGAAGAUAUGUUGUCCAGAAUCCAAGUGGCUCAGUUCUAAUCCAAGCAAUGCGAGUCUUCUGGCUCGGUCUCAAGAGAGGCUGCAAUCUCGAUGCUGCAAAGCCGUCAGUCAUGGCACAAACUCACCCUGCAACUACCGUUCCCUGGGACGAUGUAUUUGUUGAGGAAUUGAAACGAGCACUCAUCGCAUGUUCUAUUUUUCCCAUUUUCUGGGUUUGCUACGGACAGACCAAUAGCAACCUGGUUAGCCAGGCAGCAACCAUGAAAACCUAUGGAAUUCCGAAUGACAUAAUGGGAUGCUUUAAUCCAAUCAUGGUUUUGACCUUUCUUCCAACCAUGGAAAAAAUCGUCUACCCAACCCUGCGACGAUUUCGCCUCAGCUUUAAACCGAUCAGUCGAAUCACCGCCGGUUUCCUGGUGAUGACCUGUGCCAUUGGAUAUUCCGCAGGGAUUCAAGAAUUGAUUUACCGAUCACCUCCAUGCUACAACCAUCCCCUCAGCGGAUAUUGCAGCAACGGUGGAAGAACACCAAAUGAUGUUAGCGUUUUCCUGCAAGUCCCCGUCUACACAAUGACCGCCCUUUCCGAAGUCCUUGCGUACGUCGCCGGCAUGGAGUACGCAUACACCAAAGCCCCUAAGUCCAUGCGUAGCAUAAUAUCAUCUCUCUUCCUCCUCACCUGCACCAUCGGCUCGAUGCUGGGCAUCACACUCUCACCCGUCUCAAAAGACCCUAAGGUUCUCAUAGAAUACGCCUCGUUGAGCGGCGUUAUGCUCAUCACAGCCGUCUUGUUCCUGCUCGCCUUCGGGAAGUACAACAAGAUAGAGGAGAGGAUGAACAUGCUUAAUAGCGGAGAGGGGGACUCUACCUCUUUGAGUAAGACGGUGCAGCAGAUGCAGACAACCGCGAAGGUUUAA